AACACACGGCUGCCGGUCGGUAAAUUAACCGGCGCGUUCAUUUCAAUGCAUGCAAGUCUAUGCCUGUUGACACACGAACGGGGAUUCUACUGUCGCCGUGGUACAGAGUCGUAGUUUCAUUUCCGUUUAGACAGUGUAGUCAUGAGGUGCGAAAUGGAAAAUUUAGAUAUUGAGGCAUUUAUUUCUAUGGUGGAAGAAAGGCCGGUGAUAUGGGACAAGACAAGAGAGGAUUUUAAGGAUAGGAAUAAAACUAAAGCCGCCUGGCAAGAAAUCAUCGAUACAUUUAUUUAUGAAAACCUGAACGAAGCAGAAAAAGCCGAAAUAGCUAAAACACUAUUGCAGAAAUGGAACAACAUUCGUGACAGUUUUGUGAAGAGUUAUAAAAAAAAUAAAAGCCUUAAGUCAGGUUCUGGUUUUAGGAGAAUAAGAAAGUACAUCUUUCACGAUCAGUUGCAAUUCCUUGCAAAAACAAUCGAACACAAUACUACAACAUCCAGUAUUUCACAAGAAAAAAAUACAGAAACGAUGGCGCAACAGAAUGUAGAUGAUAGUAGCAAUGAAGGCGAUUCUCAAAUUGAUCAGGAUAUGAUCAAUUCCAAUAUAUCCAAUCCAAAUGCAUCAACCGCUAAACAAACGCCACCGCAAGCUUUACUUACAAAAAAGCGUGCCUCAGCACCAAAGAAACGUCAAGACGAGUUUGAAACCAAAGUGCUAAAGAUCCUGGAAAAGCCGGACAGCAUACCCACAAUCAGUGAAGAUAAAUCUUUUUUAAUUCCAUUUUGCCGAUUGUAGAAAACUUUGAUGAAGAUGACAAACUUCAAUUUCGCAUAGAAGUUUUGCAGCUUGUGCAACGUUUUAAACGAAAGCAAAAAUGUGAUGCUUUCAACAUGACUUCUGAUACCAAUAGAUCGCUACCUUCGUUUGUACCACCAGCAACUCAGUCAUGCAGCCAGCAGUGGACACCGACAUACCAUACAUUGCAGUGUCCACAGACUUCAAUACCACAAUCUAGUACGUCAUUUGAUCCAACUACAUCUCGCUAUGACAAUAAUCUUGAAUAUCCACAAUCUUCGAUACCACAAUAGUUUAUCCAAUCUGACUUAACUACAACCAGAAUUUGAUUUGUUUAAUUUGUUCGUUAUGUUCCUUAUUUAAAUAUAUCUAGUUCUAAAAUCACA